CACCGUGCAUUUUAAAUUGAAACUCUUUAAUGAAUUGUUACGACGAGCCCGACUGGUUACGCCUCUGCUUCUUUUAUGCUCCUAGUAACGGGAGCUAUAUCGAUCAAAUGAAAAUGUUAAUGAACAGUAUAGGUUCAGUCAUUGCAGGAAUACAAACAGACAAUGGACGGUUUGCCGUUUAUACCGGGAUUUCGUUUCAACGACAUCACUAAAAGAAAUUAUCACUUAAGCGCCCAAUUCAAGUGGAAAAACGGAUAUGCCAUUCCUAAAGAAAAAUGCAUUGGCAUCGGCAGAGGUUUACUCGAUGUAGAUUCUGUUCAACAUACGAGGACAUUGGGAUCCACCGGCUAUGACCCUACACUGACUUACGGUCAAGUAAAGCAACCGCCGAAACCUACUUUUCAAUCCCAUUUCGUCUUGUACGAUGGCAAAUGUCUGUCGUUCAAUGGUUACACAAAACAAUCAAACCCCGAAUCGCCAUUGGACAGUUACAGAGUGCGUCGUGUAAAAAUCACUUAUUAUUUAGUAGACGACACUAUAUCCGUCGUUGAACCCGUCGUAGAGAACGCAGGUUAUCCGCAAGGGUGUCUGUUGAAACGCGGUUCAAUACCAAAACCAAGCCGGAAGAACAAGACUUGGCACUGGUCGGAUUUCAACAACGGUGUAGAGCUGACAUUUCACGGUGUUAGUUACAGAUUGUGCUCUUGCGACCAGUUCACCAAAGAGUUUUUGACCAGCCAGGGUAUUGUAAUGACCCCGGACGAACCCGUGCCCGAAGACCCUUACACCGUUAAAAGAAGCCAACAGUUACAACAAGAAAUGAAAGCCAAAGAGGCUGCGAUGGCGACAAAGUUGACCGAAUUUGCAAGUGACCAAGUCGAACACGGCAAGUUCAAACGGUUUUUGGAAUACGACGGCAAAGUACUCAGAUUUUAUGCGGCCUGGGACGACAACGGAUCCGAACCAGCGGAAAGGAAGUUUUUCGUUUUUAUGUACUUCUUAGCUAACGACCAAGUGAAGAUCUACGAAUCAAAUAACAAGUGCAACGAUUCGUUUCCGCUGUUUUUGGGCGAAACUAAACUGCGAAAAAAUUGGAAAAGUUUUUCUUCCGAUUUACUCGAUUAUUAUCAACCGAAAGAUUUCAUAAUUGGCAGCUAUAUUUCCGUGAUGGGACGAAGAUUUAUGCUCUACGAUUGCGAUCCGUUCACUCGAGAUUAUUACAAUCAUAAGUUGGGCAUCGUUCAACCUGAUCCCAUUCGAGUGGUGGAGCCCAAAGACAACCAUUUGACUCAUGAGGAAAAAGCGAUACCGCCUUACACGGGCAUUGGAGACCCAGACGACACGAUGCAAAACUGCUUGUCGCUUACACCGAAACCGCCAAAGAAAGUAGACUUUGUCAGAUAUGUGUUGAACGCCGGCAAGAAGUUGCGAUAUAAACUCAAGAUGUCAUCAGUCCGCGAGGAAGACCGUCACAGAGAUUUCAUCAUGACAUUCUGUCUCGGUAACAGUCAAAUGGCCAUUCAAGAAAUGGGCAACAAAAACAGCGGGUUCAUCAGAGGGAAAUUUAUGGCCGGUGUACAGCUCCGCAAACCUCAUGUGAACGUAGACGACAAUCAGCAGUAUUACGGACCAAAUGAUUUUGCUAUCGGAGCUGAAAUAAACGUUAGAGGAUUUACGUUCAUUAUCGCCGGCUUGGAUUUGUGGACAUACAACUACAUGAAAGACAACAGCUACAUGUUCAACCCAGAAGUCAUACAUGGUGCUAAAGAGUAUUUAGAACGAGAAGGCAUAUUGAAAGAACAAAUGAUGAUUACAGGAACCAACGAUAAACCCCGAGAUGUUUUUUGUUGACAAACAAUUUAGUAGAUUAAUAAAUAACAUGAUAACAAAUUAGAAUGUAAAUAAUUUGUUUUAUUUAAAAUUUAACAAAAUUAAAAAAAUAGAGUGUAAAUACACGUGGACUACAAAAAUCAAAUUAAUUA